AUGGCCGCCCGCAACUCAUCCGCGUUCGCCUCCGACCCGGUCCACCAGGCUGCCAUGGCCGUCCCCAAGUCGCCCGUGCUAGCCGCCGACCCGCUCCACCAGGCCGCCGAGUCGGAGGGGAUUGACGGCGUUCCUGGAGCGCUCCCGACCGAGCAAGGGGUGCCACCCCCGCCGCUGCAAGGCACGCCUGUGAUGAAGACGGCCCCGCAGCAGGGCGCCUACAUGGCGGCGCAGACGCCCCCGCAAGGCUCCCCCGUGACGCAUCCGGUGAUGCAAGGGGCAAACACGGUGGUGCCGAUUUCCCUGCGGGAGCCGGUCAUUACCGUGCCCCCGCAAGGCAGACCUGUGAUGGCACCUCUGCCUUUCCCUGCCGUUCCUCCAUCCUUCAUCCAUGAUGCCGGAUACAUGAUGGGGCAAUCACUGUUGCCGGCCGGCCCUCAACCCAUGGCGGGGCUGCAGCCUCCACCUGCCGGAUACAUGAUGGGGCACCCGCUGUUGCGUGCAAGCCCUUUACCGAUGACGGCGCUGCAUCUCCCACAGGCCGUACACAUGAUGGCACGGCCGCCUUUGCCCGCUGGCCCCCCUCCUCUCAAGCAUCACCGCCCUGACUACUUCGACAUGCCUUUUGGACCGCGGAUGACUGGUUGUGAGCAGGAAAUGGCUGGAUUUGAUGAAUCAAUGGGACUGCCUUAUGGGCCUUACAUAAACAAUGAGAUGCCUUCUAUUGGUUCUUAUGAACCAUAUCUUCCUUCAGACGCAUCAAACACCCUACAUGUUGAAGGUUUCCCGCCCAACUGUACUAGACGGGAACUUGCACAUAUAUUUCGCCCUUUUACUGGGUUCUGUGCAGUAAGGCUGGUCAACACAGGAUAUAAUAGUCGACAUGUAAUAGCUUAUGCUGACUUUGAAACUCCUGCCCAAGCCUUCUCUGCCAUGAAGUCUCUGCAAGGCUAUUUGUUUGACAUGCAUGACCGAUACUCAGUCAAAUUGGACCUCCAGUUCCUUCCUGGUCCGUCCAAGGCAUCAAGGUCAAGAUCAUAUUUCUCUGAAAUGCGUUGA